AUGUCAUCUAAAUACGCGAAAAAGCGAAAACAACUCGACGACGACACUUCCGAAGCGAGCAGAAGUCGUCGUGACUCGUCCAGAUCGCCAUCUCCUUCAAGGUCGAAAAGGUCGGCAAAACAACGAGAACCAGAGAAUAAUGGAGAGCCUGCCGAAUCCAUGUCGAUCGAGGAGACGAACAAGCUUCGUGCCUCUCUAGGCCUGGCACCUCUGGAAACCAAUGAUAACAAGGAACGCGACGCCGACGAUGGCACCAACGAGAAGAUUUAUAACGAAGACGGGUUCGAGUUUCGGCAUCGAAAAGCCGAGAAUCUAGCCGAUAAAAAGAAGGAAAAGGAGAUCAAAGAGAAGUUGGAAGUGGCGAAACAGAAGAGAGACGUCUACUCGAAAGUGUUGAAAGCCAGGAAGCUGGCGGACUCUGAUGAUGAGGAUGGUGCUGCUGGAUUCGUGGAGAGGAUGCGAAAAAAGGAAGACGAGGCUAAGAAAGCGGCGGAACGGGCGGCCGCGUUUGAUCAGUUGGAUGAAGAGCUGGGAGUUAGUGCAACGGUGGAGAAGGCCAGGAAACAGAAGAGACCAAAGGGACCGAAAGGGCCAUCGGCCACGGCUGGAAUGGUUAUUGGGCAUGGAAGAGAGGCGUUUGUGGAGGGAGAUCAGAUUUUGGUUCUGCAGGAUAAGGGAAUCCUUGACGACGGUGACGAGGUGCUGGUCAAUCCGAACAUGCUGGACGACGAGCGACACGUUCGGAAUGUGGAGCUUCGGAAGCGAAAAGAUCCGAAUCGCAAUUUCGACGAGGAUGUCGAUGAGUUUGGCAAUCUCAAAAACUUUGGAGUGCUCGCGAAGUACGACGAAACACUUGAAGGCGAACAGAAGAAGCAAUUCCGGCUGGACGAGACGGGCGGUGUGGAUCUAGAAGAGGAGAAACGAGAGAUGGAAGCAUUCCGACGCAUGAAAAUGGCCGGGAAGCGUCUGGAGAGUUUGGAAACCAAAAAAUACGAAUUGGCCAGCGAAUUCUACACCCAGGACGAAAUGACACAGUUCAGAAAGGUCAAGAAGGGCAAAAAAGAGAAGAAUAUCAGGAAGAGGAAGGUUCUGAAGGCGUCAGACUUGGUGCCAGUCGAGAAGGCCGGGCAGAGUUUUGGAAGACGUCGAAGGGAUUCUGAUGAAACUCAAGACGAUAAGGAGAAAGUAGAGGAAGACGUGAAGAUGGAGGAAGAAGGGGAGCUUCCGGAAGCGCCAGAAGACAAGAAAUGGAAGAAGGCGAUGACUGGAAACGGUGUGGAUGUGCAACGUCUUCUGAAGCUUCGAGCAUCAACACGUCAGAAGGAUUCAGAUGAGGAUUCUGACGAUGACUUGAUGUUCACUGGAGGCGUGGAUCUUACUGGCGUCGUGAUUGACGAUGACGCUGAAGACGAGCUUCACUCGAUUCUGGCGAAGACGCGGAAAGUGAAACAGAUUGAUGGGAAAGAGGAUGACGUUGGGAAACGAGUACAGAGUAUGCUGACGAGUCACGGAGGCAAAAUGGAACUGGACGAUGAAGACGUCAAGCCGACGGUGAAGGAGGGACAACUAUUCAUCGACUCCACGACGGAGUACUGUAGACACGUGGGAGAAAUUACGACGUUGGGAAUUGGUGGAAACCGGAAUGUCGAUGUGUCGGAGGUCAAGAAGGUGGUGAAGGAAGAAGUACCAGAGGAGGAAACGGACGGUUUUGAGCAAUGGAAACGCGCGAAAGUGGAUAAGGAUAUCAAGGAGAAAGAGAAACGAAAAUUUAGAGAUCAAGGAGGAUGGCUGGCGGCUGGAAAACCAAUGGACUCGAAUAUCCGAAUCGAUAGUGACGAUGAGGAUGCGUUGGAGGAGGCGAAGAAGAGGAAAUGGUCAGAUGAGGAGGAUUCAGAAGACGACGAGGAGAAGGACGAGUACGCGCCGGCGCUUGGAAGAGAAGUCGAUGUGUCGAAGGGCGUUGGUCAGAUGCUCAAGCUGGCCGGACAGAAGGGAUAUCUUCAGAAUCCGAAUGCUAAAUCGCAUUCGGGACCAUCGCUGGAUCAUUUGAAGAACAAGGCAUCGCAUCGGGUGGAUGGGUCUAGAUUAUGUCCAGAUGUCCACAAAAGCGAAUUCCUGACCCAGACGACCGAAACGCCAAAAAAGCGGACCGUCUCCAAUCGCAGAAUCGUGGUCCAACGAUGCCGUUCGCUGAGAAGACGGACUACAAACCAGAUGUCAAUAUCAGUUAUGUGGAUCGGAAAGGACGUGAUAUGGAUGCGAAAGACGCCUACAGAGAGCUCUCUUAUAAGUAUAUUCCACGGUCGUAAUCCGGGUAAGAAGCAGUUGGAGAAGCGAGCGAAUCGUAAGGAUAAGGAGGAGAGGAUGUUGAAGACGAACAGCUACGACACUCCGCUCGGAACGCUGAGCAAGCAGCUGAAAAAGCAGAAACAGCUCUCCACACCGUACUUGGUGCUGUCCGGAUCCACUGAUCACUCGAGCUUGAAGAAGGAGUGA